AGAAAAUCUUACCGUAAUGAUGAAGUUGUCAAGCUGCCUACGAAACCUGGCUUUGUCCUGUGUCCUGCUCAUCGCCCUGGUUCAAUGCCAACCAACUGAUUUGGAGGACAGGGACAUUAAUUUCGACGACGAGGCUGAACUGUCUGAGAGAUUUGCUGAAGAGGUUUGUACUUUUAAAAAAAUCCGUUUUACAAACAAACAAAAAACAAAACAAAAAAAAACAAAACAAGAAAUGGAAGAAAAAAAAUUGACUCAAAGAUUCUAUUUAUCAUAUUAUGUACACGGUUUUGACUCUUGCAACAUAUAUUUCAAACAAAGCUUGGCACAUCUUACACAUACUCUUACCAAAAUGACAUAGCCAGCCGUCUGAAAUAUAAAAAAAAUUACACAGUCGUUAUGUUAUAAGGCAGUAAAUACGAUCGGGAGCUUUUUUAUAAAAAAAAAAAACAUUUCAAUUAAAAUUAUUUUCUAUGCUAUUUUAUUUGAAGGUACAAUUUUUAAUUUGGGGAAAAAAUAAUUUAAUUUCAAAUAUCUUGUUUGUCAGAAACAUAAUCGCCGCCAAUUAAAUGCUGUUUUUGCCUGUAUUUAAUCUCUCACCUAUUUUCUCUCUGUCAAAAUUAUUUUGCUGUCCUCUGGGAUUCUACUUUUCAGCUAAGGUCUAUUUUUAAAUUUAAUAAAGGUUUUUUUUUCUGUUGUUUGUUCGCUGACGAAGGCUUCCUGCCAAAACGUUCGUUGAUUUUUUUUUUCGUUCCUUUUUCGGGUUUUCACACACUGUUUAUACUCAUUUCAUUUUUUUUUUUUUUUUUUUUAACCUGAUUUCAGUGCAGUUUUUUUACAACAUUAAAUACCGCUAGUUUUCAUGCUGCAUAAAAAAAUUGUAUCUUUUUAUUUUUUUUUUUUUUUUUUUUUUUUUUGGUUUUUCACACUCUUUUUUUUCUUAUUUUUUUUUUUUUUUUUUUUUGCUAACCUGAUUUCAGUGCAGUUUUAUUACAACAUUAAAUACCGCUAGUUUUCAUGCUGCAUAAGAAAAUUGUAUCUUUUUCAAGAUUUAAUGAGAUCAGUAAAUAAUUGGGAAAAAAUCUGAAACAAAACGACUUGUUCCUAUCUCAGUCCUGGGAACAAAAGAUAACAAAAGGUUAACUCAAAAUCAACGUGAAUGAUACAACUAAUUUGCGGGUAGGAGGUAGCAGUAGCGUCCUGACUAAAUGCUGCCCGGGGCAAUCACACCAUUCGCACACCCUUUACUCUACCAGGGUGGGGGGGUCAACUGCUAAUGGGGUUUUUAUCCGGCAUUGCCUAGAGCGUUACUAUGUAUAGCUACUUUAUUACGUAAAUUCCACAGUGCAGACACAGCCAAUACAUUGGCAUUGUCACCUAUGCAGACAUCGUCCCCUAUGCAGGCAUUGUCCACUUUGCAAGCACUGUUAUCUAAGCAGACAUUGUCCACAGUGUAGGCAAUGUCCACUAUGCAGACAUUUUCCACUACGCAGAAACUGUCCACUAUAAAGGCACUGUCCACCAUGCAGGCACUGUCCACUAUGCAGACAUUGAACACUAUACAGGCUCUGUCCCCUGUGCAGGCACUGUCCAAUAUUCAGGCACUGUCAACUAUGCAGACAAUAUUCACUAUGCAGACACUGCCACUAUACAGGCACUGUCACCUAUGCAGACAUUAGCCACUACGCAGACAUUAUCCACUAAGCAGACAUUAUUCACAAUGCAGGCACUGUCCACUAUACCAUGCAGAUAAUCAGCAAGAGAAUUAUUCAUCUGUGCAGCCCAACUUCACACAACUAACACUGAGAUAGGCAUGCUGUGAAUGCACUAAAUUCACUGUAGCAUACGAAUAAAAUGGAUUGAAUGUGCUCCCAAAUUAAAGCUCCCACAGCACACCCUCACUUAGCCCUUUGAAGACUACCAUGGUACACAACUAAUAAAAUGGACAGAGUCUUUGCUGAGACAGCCUUAAAUUCUAACAUAUUUCAUUUACGACAAGCGAUCACCAAUACUGACAUCAAUAACAAUACAGGUUAAGAGAUUCUUACUUUUUCUACUCCAGACAGGAGCAGGUGCAUUGGCGAAAGAAUCUAGAGAUGUAAGUAGAAAAUUGGCACAAACAUUUUUUUUUCUUUGUAAAAAUACUAGCAGUAUUACCCGGCAUAAUGACCGGUGAUUGUUCAGAUUUGGUUUGUUGGUAUCGUACUAAACUUAUACACCUUCUUGUCUAUUUUAUUAAUGUCAUAGAGAAAUAAUUUAUAUUUUUUGCAUACAUUCUCAUCAGGUAAACCGUGCACAGUGUUAUUAUAUCAUGAUACUAAAUGGCUGUUUAGACUCUAUGUCUGCUGGUCAAAUUCAAAUAAAUCUAAGGUUUAAAUGUUGAAAUCAUCUAAAUAGUACCGAUGGCAAUAACAACAGUUUUUUUUUUUUAUAACAACAGCAUAAACCAUUUUUGUGGUAACAAGAAACAGUAGCAAUAGCAACAUUAUUACCAACAGCUCAGAGCCUAAUUAGAAUAAUUGGUCUCUGAUAGGCUUUUUUGUGUCAAUAAAUAAAUAUAUAGGAGUGAUGUUAAGACAAUUGCCCAUGUAGACAUUUGUUUUGAACAUUGUUGAUCUCAUCACCUAUUGUCGCUCACCGUGAGAGGGUGCUUCCCAUCAGAGGGUGCUGCCCAUUAGAGGGUGCUGCCCAUUAGAGGGUGCUGCCCAUUAGAGGGUGCUGCCCAUUAGAGGGUGCUGCCCAUUAGAGGGUGCUGCCCAUUAGAGGGUAUUGACCGUGAAAAGGUCCUGCCCAUCAGAGGGUGCUGCCAAUUAGAAUGUGCUGACCUCAAGAGCAUACACGACUACACCCCGUUAGAGAGUGCUGAACUUGAGAGGGUGCUGACCUUGAGAGGGUGCUGAACUUGAGAGGGUGCUGACCUCGAGAGAGUGCUGCCUAAAUGUUUGAUUUUUUUUCUCACUAUUUUGUUUUUUAUCUUUGCAAAGGAUUUGACAUAACAUCUAAAUUCUUUUAUAUUAAUUGUGACUUUAGGAAAGAUUUCUAGUUCAUAAAACACAGUGGCGUAGCUCCGGUUAGUGCCAACCCGGUUGGGCGAAUAUUUUUUGGCACCUCUUUCAACCAAAAAAAAAAAAAAAAAGAAACCAUCUACAGUUUGCAGGAAAAGACAACCCUCCUUUAAAAAAAAAAUGUUAAUUGGGGUGGACUACCCCCUCCAACCCUUACCUAUCCCCUGUUCGCCCAUAAACCUUUGUAGAAUAUUUUAAACUAGUCGGCCCGCGGCGUAGCAUACGCCGCAGAAUUGCUCCUAGAUGACUGAAGACUUCGUGAAAGACGCAGUUGUCCAAAUGGGGUGGGUUCAAAAAUACAACUGUGAUAUAGCCCGCCAAACUUUAGCGGCAGCAGUGCGUGAUAUUCCAAUCAUACACGAAAGUUACUUGACAAAACUUGAACUCAAGUAACGCACAUUUAAGAUUCCCAAUAUUUUCUACACCCCUUCCCGGCAUGAUACGUCACUGCACACUUUUUAUUUCACGCCCAUGAGCUAUAUUAAUAUUCUCACGUCCCAACCACUUUUAAAUCGAAUAUUUUCUACACAAUAUUUAAAUUGAGACGAUUUCAUUUCCGAAAAAAAAAAUAUUACGCACCAAACGCAAUUGCGUUAUUAAAAAUAGAUAUAUAUCAUUUAGCGUAGUUGUCGGGAAUUAUAUUUUGCGCGCUAUUGAACUCAAUAUUGAACCACGCCCUGGCGUAUCUAUAAAUAGCCUGCUUGGUGUUUGAUCCGUCUUGUUUGACCUUUGCUGGCGAAUUAUAUAUAUUUAUAGAGAUCAUUUCAAAUCCUAAUUUUGGCAGUAAGGCUUGCAAGUAGGUAAUACCAUCUGUCACUAAGAAAUUAUCUUCUAUAGACAUAUAUAAACAUAGUGGACAACAGGGAGAUAAUGCCAUCCGUCUUGAUUUAAACAUUAACACGUGGCAUAAUGUUAGGAUGUUUCAAUAUUUGCACGUUAACCUUUAGCUUUGUUACACUAAUGUUUUAUCUGCUGAACUAUCGUGUUCUGACGGUAACGUGACCCAGAGACUAUAACUAUGGGAUGACUUUAUAUUUAGUCGAAAUGGAAACCUGGACAUCAUUAAAAACAAAAAUCGAUGAGAACAGCUCAAGAAAACUGGGCCUAUCCCCGUCAAACCAAGACGCAAGGGGUCAGCCUAACUGUAAGCUAGUUAGUGUGGUCAUGUAGGGUGCAAGAGAACUCUGGGGGGGGGGGGUGGUGCAAGGCGAUCCUGUUGUAAGGUGGGGGUCGGGGGUGACACUUGAUUGACCGCACUCGGUGACACAUAGCCUAGUGAUGUCACUGUGACAGCACAUAUAAUUUCAAGACAUGUGUUAUAUUAUCACGGUUUGUGUGUAUAUAUUACUUUCGAUGAAGAAAUGUCUCUAUGGACAAAAAGAAAAAAAAAAUGUGCAAUUAAAAAAAAAAAGUUAUUUCCUGCUUCUAACUUCUCAACUUAAGUCCGUGCUAUUUUUUUUUAAUGCAUAAUUUUAUUGAAUGUUUUGUCCAGGUUGUCGCUGAAGUGGACAGACGUCAUUGGUUCAAUGCUGAAAGGGGUGCCGAGGUUAGUACACAUAUUUUUGCAACCAUUUUGAGUAACCCUCCCCCUUCCACAACCCCCAAGUUAUUCUACUUGUCGCCAGAGUUGUGUGUGUGUUUCAACUUUAAACUAAAAAAAAAAAUUGAGUUGAAAUUCAGCAAGCUGUUUUAUUUCAGCCAAUCAAGUUUUGAUCUAUGCCUGACUUAGAGAAAGCGAAAUAUAUUAGCUUAAUUAAAAAUCCAAGCCAUAAAUGAGUACAUUUCUUUUUUUAAUGUUAAUUUCAAAACUCUUUUUGAAAUAGAAGUAGUAAACUUUAAAGAAAAAGACGCAAGCAUGUUUUCUAUUGCAAAUUCAUUCUCUUGAUGAUCCAAAUGGUUUAUUCUUUUUGAAAAAAGGUUUUUUUUUUUUUUGCAUUAUUUGAAUUAUAAAUAAACUAAAUCAGAAAAUCUCAUAAAUACUAUCAACACACAUUGUUUUUAAUGAGGAAACAUAUUGAGUAAAUGUGUUAAAGCGAGUCGAGCUGUCAAAUUUGCAAUCAAGUCACACUGAAACUGAACGCUUAUUUGAGGUUUAAAUAAAAAAUAUUUGUACUAAAGCUAUAAGAAAGAAAUGAGAAUUACUUCCUCGUCAUUUGCAUGAUAUAGCGAAGUAUUUAGCAGCGCAAAUCUAAACCGACGCCAAUAAGACGAAACGAGCAUUAACAAAAACGUGUGUCGUUAGCACUGGGUUUUGAGUUUCUAUCUGUGCGGCUUUUUUUUAAAGCCUAAUUGAAAAAAAAAAAGCAAAAACCUGAGCAAUAAGAGGCCCACGUAUUAAAAAUAAUAAUUUAAAAACCUGUAAUAAAAUAACAAUAAACUCGUUUUGUUGCUUGUUUUGUUUCGGUUUCUAGCUUUUCGUCCAAAACUUAAACAGAUUUUUGAAGUGACUUUUAACGUUACUUUUGUUUCGUAUCAUGAUAGUUUUUAAUAACUUUUCAGAUUGCUGACUUUGAACAUUUUUUAAAAAAUUUUUGUAUAAAUACCCCCCAGAAAUUCGAUCAAAUUAAAAAACAAUAUUUAUUAUGAUAGUUGCAUACACAAUUUUAAAAUAAAUUAAUUCUGAAAUCAAAUGUUGUUGUUUAAACGUAAGUAAAUUAGUCUAACGAUGACUAAUAUAAUGUCAGUGAAUUACUAUGCAAGAAAAUCGUUAUCAAUUUCUUUAUUUGCAAAUCUCAACUUGAAAUAGGCGUAAUAAGGGGAGAGACUGCAAUCAGGCUAGUACAAAAUAAAAUGAGUAAAACAGAGUAGGGUUAAACCUGAAAAAAUAAACGCAACAAAACAGCGAACGUGUUGGCAGAAGGCCUUCGUCAGCGAACAAAACAACAGAAAAUAACGGUAUAAAAAUAAAAAUAAGAAAUAGCACUUAGCUGGUAAGCAGUAUCUGUGAGCAGCAAUAGAAGUGUGGAAAAAAUGUGGGAUGAAAGUUGUAGCCUACUGAUUUUGACAACGUAAUGUUAACAAAUAAAGCAAUAAUUCCCCCUGUAAAACUGUCUGGAACUAUCACUAAGGAAGACAACCUUUGGGGAAAAUCUUUCCGUUUCGGAAUAUGGCAUUUACUUCUUUUCAAUACGGGUAAUUCGAUAGAUCUAGUUAUGCGCAGGUCAAACGCUCCAAUUUUCGUCCGAUUUUUGUCAAACUUCAUUUGAAGGCACUAUUUGGUGCUUCAACAUAAUGCGUUCCAACAGAAAUUUGAAGAAAAUUUGAUCACGUGAACUGAGCUUUAGCAACAAAAAAAAAGAGAUACAUUUUUGGAGCAUCGUUGAGAUAUACAUAUUUAUUUAAUAUCCUUAUUCUUGCUAUUUAAAACUUCUUCACUUUAAUCAAGGAUAAUGUUAUGUUUUCUAUGUUUUUAUUUUCAACAAUAAACAUUAGCAUAACUUUACAUAAAUACAAGUUCUCAAUAAUGUUGACUUUCUCCUUGCUUCCGGAACACACUCACACUGUUCAUUCACACACACACUCGCUCCAGUCUCCUCUGGGCAUGUCCGCUCUUUGACCUUAGCUGGCUAUCGGGACGGUCCAGUCCUAUAGAGCACCAUAACAAAUAAACAUGUUGCGUGAGUCAUUUUUGACGGAUGAAAGCGAAUAGUUAACAAUAUUUUUAACACUUAUAAACAUCCUCUUACUUCUACUAUUUUAGAAAAGACAAGAAAAAAACAAAAAGCUGGAAAUCUUUAAGACCAUUGUUAAUGCAAUUGCGAAAUGGGCCAAAAAUGUAAGUUUGAAAUUAACAUAAAAUAUUAAUAUUAUUCCUAUUUAAUUUUUUUUUCAGUUUAAUAUUAAUAGCAGUAUUACCCGGGAAUAAUAAAGGGGGGGGGGCUCUAUUUUUCAAGUGUCAAAUAGAAAUAAUAUUUAUUUGUUACACACUCCUAUUGUAAAACUGUAAGCCAUCAAAAUUAACAAAAUGUGCCUUUUUUUAAAAAAUAACAUUAUUUAAUCUUAGGGAGUACCCCCCCCCCCCCAAAUUUUUUUUUUUUUUGGGGGGGGGGGGGGGUCACAUUUUUAUUUUUUUUAAAAAAAAAAAUUUUUUUAUUUUUGGGGGGUCCCCCCCCCCCCCACUCUUUUUUUUUUUUUGGGGGGGGGGGGAGGUCACAAUUUCAAUUUUCUUGAAGAAUCGUCUUUGGCCAAUGAUAAAUGAUAUGGCUCGAUCAAAAUAGUUAUUUUAAUUUUUAGUUAUCCUGUGUUACGCAUUAUCUCAAUUUUGUGGUUAUUAAUCUUUGCUUUCUUUCGUCCAGAGUGCGAAUUCGGCUCCCAGCGCUGAAGGGGGGCGUUAAUGAAUGGCCGAUGAGCCUGUCAACAGAGACGCCCCCAGUGAGUGAAACGUUGUCCGUCGUUUUCAGCUUGAAUUUAUUUAAACAACCCCUUCAACCAAUUUCUUCGUCUCCCAGAAAGUUGACAUUUAUUAAUUAAGCUGUUUGAUCUGUUCGAGCCUUGUCAGGCAAGCUAAAUGUUGAUCUUGUCGAGGCUUGUCAAGCAAGUUUAAGGUUAGCUUGUCGAGGUUUGUCAAGCAAGUUAAAUGUUGAACUUGUCGAGGUUUGUCAAGCAAGUUUAAUGUUGAACUUGUCGAGCCUUGUAAAUAAAGUUUAAUGUUGAUCUGGUCGAGGUUUGUCAAGCAAGUUUAAUUUUGAACUUGUCGAGGUUUGUCAAGCAAGUUUAAUGUUAAACUUGUCGGGCCUUGUAAAUAAAGUUUAAUGUUGAUUAGUCGAGGUUUGUCAAGCAAGUUUAAUGGAUAUAUUAAAAAAACAUAUUCUGAAUCAUAUUUUGUUUUAAAAUAUAUAAUUGUCAGCCCCCUCCCUAAACUCCAUCUUCUACUACUUCAUUCGAGAGCCUUCGGUGCAGUGGCGUAGCUAGGGGAGGGGAGUCCAAAUUCGUAAGUCCCCCCGGGCCCCUACUUGAGGGGGGCACCCAAAGGAGUGUCCGAAUUUUUUUUUUACAUUAAAUAAUGUCGAAUGUCAAAAUGCAGGGCUCCCUAAAGAGGGCAAGCCCCCCGGGCCCCCAAAUCCCUAGCUACGCCACUGCUUUGGUGUCCCAAUAUCUGCUCUCCCUCCAUUAUCAAAGUUACGGUACCGGCCCAUUUAUCUAAAUUUAAAAAACACUGGAUGUUAGUCAAUUAUUUUUAUUUUCUCGAACUGACAAAAAACAUUAUUUUCCUUUCGUUUGGCCUGAAUAUAGUUUAACUAGGACGAACCUAAGCUGAGGCUAAAAGCAUCCCCUCAGGGGCCACCACAAGACGGAGUCGGAGCUGCCCUGGGCGAGAUGCCUAGUUUUGGUUCUGAUCGGUUACCUGCCUCACUUCAAGAAGGCCUAAAAUGACCCCCCUCCCCACAUAUUUUUCCCCGAUGAACUGCUCUGAACGAAUCACUGGUCAUAGAACAUAAGCCAACCUGGGGCCCCGGUUCCGAAUUCUUUUCCUAACAUUACUUUAACAAGCUAGAGAUGAAUAAGGGGCCUCAGUGCAUUGCUUUGCACAGGUGCUCUAUGCUGUUAAGGAAGCCUUGUGAGGACAUCCGGUUUCUUAGGACAGAUAUUACACUAUCCAUCCAUCCCUGUGGUACUGCAGCCCAUGCAGGGCUUUGGCCUGCCUCACUACAUCAUUCCACUCAGAACUAACCGAUGCUUGUAUUUUCCAUGAUUGGAUUCCCAGCUGCUGUAGAUCAUUUUCCACAUCAUUCAUCCAUCUAAGCCUAGGUCUGCCUUUGAGUCGCUUUCUUCUGUGGUUUUUGUGGUGAACUCUCAUCACUCCACUUUUAUGUGGCAUUCCUUCUAAGUGUCCCACCCAACGUAGCCUUGCUUUUUUCUUUCUGGUACAAGCGUUGGAUCUUGAUAUAGAUUAAACAAUCUCUGGUUGGUUAUCAUGCUAGCUUUCACAAAUCAUGCGGAAUAGUAUGUCCCUCUGGUACUGAUGCUGACUUGACUAAUGAUGACAACAAUGAUACCAAUCACCAUAUCAGUCCAAUUUGAUCAUGAAUUUUAUUUUAUUUUUCCAGGCUAGAGGCGAGUUUGAAGAUAUUUAGAUGCUUCCAAUUGUACCAAGUUUUAUCUGGGCCUUCUCACUGAUGGGCUUAUGGCUUAGACCUUAAUUCGCCUAAAAUCGUGUUGUUUUUUUAUUCAAGCAAAUAAUUUUAAAAAGCUAUUUUUAUUUUAAUUUUCAAAAGUUAAAUUACAAUAAAAAAGUCUUA